GAGAUUUGUGGCUUGUCAUUGGCUGUUACGUUUACGAGGCUGACUGCUGAUUGGUCAAUCACCUACCGAUAUGCCCUCUCUUGGCAGCCUAGGGAAUUAACUUACUAUGUUGACAUUAGCCUUACAAUGUGCUUACAACAUUGUAAUUUUUUUUUGAGUAUGGGUCACUUACAAUAUAGUAAGGAGUUCGUAAGGUACAAUGUAGUAAGGCGGUUACAACGUCCUCGACCUUGUAACUAAGGGGUUGUUUUGAGUUCGGGUAAAAAGACCGUCUACAAGAACGCUGUCCGGAUUGGCGGAUCUCAGCUUGCGAAAACGCCAAAACGGGAAUUACGCUUAUACACAACUCGGUCUAGCACGAGAUGUUAACCACAGGAUUCGGACGCCUUCUUAGACCGUGCAGACACGUGAUCUGUUCGCCCAACAAAGUCAGGCUCUCCUCACGCCCAGUCUCCCAAAGUUAUGAAGCUGAAGACGGGCAGAAGUGCAAAUGGCUGUGGCCGGCCUAUAAAGAGAUGGAGAUGUUCAAAGCAGGACACGAUAUCGGAUGUAAGAAAAUUAUUGUAAACUACAGAUAUAACACCGUUAAGCCCCUGGACCCUGGACACGUUGAGCAAGCCAUGAGGCACUUUCAGAGGAAGGUCCCCAACCUACGGUGCUUCUUCAAGGAACGUGACGGGAAGCUGUGGGUUUGUGAGGACCCGAAUCCUGAUAUCGAUUUCGAGUAUCUGGAAGGAGCCGAGAGCAGUGCCGUUAUAAAUGAACACAUAAACAAGCCUUUCCUUAGCGAUCGCACGCCCAUUUGGAGGGUGAGGCUCAUGCCCGUGCCCGCCGACGCCCCCUGCCCUAUGCCCGAAAUAAAGGCAGCUUUCCCCUACCAGUAUGACCUCGGCAUAAUGUCCCACCACUCAUUCAUGGAUGGAGGAGGCUUAGCCAUUGUCACCGGCAAACUUGUAGGACUGUUGAACGAUGUUAUAGCCGGAAGACCCGUAAACGACGAGGCCCUUUGGGGUCUACCUGAACAAUGAGGAUA